AUGGACGUUUUCGGUAAUACACAAUUUCCUACUCCGGAAAUUUUUGCACAGACAUUCGCUUUAUCACCUCAAAGUCUAUAUGCAGAAGAAUUAUAUACAAAUGCUUCCACACCAAAUUCACUAGGAAUUUUACCUGACAAUACCAAUUUUAAUGAUCCUAUUUUUCUUGAAACUUCGUUAAAACCUUAUACACAAGGUUCAAGUGUUAGCCAUGUUAGUUAUACAAAAUAUAGUAAUACUAGUGAUUUCUUAAUGAAAUUCUUGGCAGAAAAAGGAUUAUCACUUAAACAAAAUUAUUGUUACAUCUUUUAG